ACAAAGAUCACAGAGAAAGUAGAAACAACAGCAUGUACACCACAGAGUCAAAAGAUGAACAUUUGGAGGAUAAAAAUGUCCAAUCAUCUACAACUCCUCAGAUCCUCAAAGACAAUAAUAUUAGGGAACAUGAAGAAACUAAGCAAACUGUCUUGACAGAAACAGAGGAAACAAAACCAGAGAUGGAAAAGAAGAGUUCUUGUCCUCCACAAGGAACUUUGAAUAAAUUUAUUACAAAUGGAGUUGUACUUUUUAUGAUAUGGUGUAUAACCUGGUCACUCUCAGGCCCUGAAGUUCUCCCUGGUGGAAAUUUAUUUGGAGUGUUAAUUAUCUUUUAUAGUUCCAUUAUUGGGGGGAAACUUUUGGAACUCAUUAGAAUACCUUCAGUGCCUCAACUUCCACCUCUUCUUGGCAUGUUACUGGCUGGCUUUACCAUCAGGAAUGUUCCAUUCAUCAGUGAGCAUGUCCAUAUUAGUAACACGUGGUCUUCAACGUUAAGAAACACUGCCCUUACCAUUAUCCUAAUACGAGCUGGGCUUGGACUUGAUCCCCAGGCUUUGAAGCAUUUGAAGGGAGUUUGUUUAAGGUUGUCUAUGGGUCCAUGCCUUAUGGAGGCAUGUUCAGCUGCUGUUAUUUCCCACUUCCUUAUGAAUUUUUCCUGGCAGUGGGGAUUUCUCUUAGGUUUUGUACUAGGUGCUGUCUCUCCUGCUGUUGUUGUCCCUGCCAUGCUGGUUUUGCAAGAAAAAGGAUAUGGUGUUGAGAAAGGCAUUCCAACCUUACUAAUAGCUGCCAGCAGUUUGGAUGACAUCCUGGCUAUCACUGGUUUCAAUACAUGCUUGAGCAUAGUCUUCUCCACAGGUGGUAUCCUUAAUAAUGUCAUAGCUUCUUUUCGGGACAUACUUGUUGGUGUGCUGGUAGGAACUGUUUUGGGAUUUUUUGUUCGAUAUUUUCCAAGUGGAGAUCAGACAAAGCUUCCAUUGAAGAGGGCAUCCCUUCUUUUGAGUAUGUGUGUCUCUGCUGUCUUGGGCAGCCACCGCAUCGGUUUACACGGAGCUGGAGGAUUGUGCACACUAGUGUUGACUUUCAUGGCAGGGAUGAAUUGGUCCAAAGAAAAGAUUAGCGUCCAAAAAAUUAUUACAACUGCAUGGAAUGUUUUUCAACCCCUUCUUUUUGGUUUGGUUGGAUCAGAAGUAUCUGUUGCAUCUCUUAAGUCAAAUGCUAUUGGCCUUUGUGUUGCUACCGUGAGUUUGUCAUUAUUGAUUCGAAUUUCUUUUACAUUUGCAUUGAUGUGUUUUGCUGGUUUUAGUUUUAAGGAGAAAAUUUUUAUUGCUUUAUCAUGGAUGCCCAAAGCUACAGUCCAGGCCGUGUUAGGUCCUCUGGCUCUAGAAACAGCAAGAAUCAGCGCACCCCAUUUGGAACCAUAUUCGAAGGAUGUGAUGACAGUAGCGUUUUUAGCCAUCUUGAUCACAGCUCCAAAUGGAGCUCUAAUUAUUGGCAUACUGGGGCCCAAAGUACUUACACGCUGUGAUGCAAGCAAAAUAAGAGUGGAAUUGACAGAAUUAAAACUUCAUUAAAAAGUUUACUUGCAUCACCUCUCUGCUUCUUUUAAUGAAUUAUCUCACAUGAGAGAAAAAUAAAAAGGUACAAAUAUGUGGAGUGUAC